AUGAAAAGCAAUCUGUGUGUAGUGCAUUUCUCAGCCACAUGGCACCACAAUGUGCCAGAUGAACGAUGUUCUACAGACCUAGCGCAAGAAGCACAGUAUUCAAACACACGUUUUUCAAGAGUUCUUGCUCAUGAGAGGUUAAUUUACUAUGAAUUACAUACAGUGUAUAAUUGGGAAGAAAAUAUCUGCCUGGCUAGGAAAGUAUUUCCACCUCAGUGGUGUUGUUUACAUGAAAGUUUAUUACAAAUUCAGAUUGAAGCAGAAGAUGUGCCAGAAAUCUCAGAAAAGUAUGAAAUCUCAGCUGUACCAACAUUUAUAUUUUUCAGGAAUGAGAAGAAAGUUGACAGAAUGGAUGGGGCUAAUGCUGCAGAACUUACAAAGAAAGUAAAAUUGUUGUCAUCUCAAAAUGCAAUCAGUGUGCCAGAUAUACCAAAACCCCCAAAGGAGGACUUGAACACAAAACUGAAGCGUUUGAUUAAUGCUGAAGAUGUGAUGUUGUUUAUGAAAGGAACACCAGCAGAACCUAGAUGUGGUUUCAGUCGGCAGAUGAUAAAGAUUCUGAACGAUGCAAGUGUGAAGUACGGGUCAUUUAAUAUUCUGGAAGAUGAAGAGAUCAGACAAGGUUUAAAGACAUUCUCAAACUGGCCAACCUAUCCACAGCUGUAUGCAAAGGGGGAGCUGCUGGGAGGUUUAGAUAUAGUGAAGGAACUAGCAGAAUCUGGAGAACUAGAGUCACAGCUGCCCAAACAAACUUCUCUCGAAGACAGAUUGAAAGAACUGAUAAAUAGUUCCUCUGUGAUGUUGUUUAUGAAGGGAGAUAGGGAGGCCCCAAGAUGUGGAUUCAGCAAGCAGACAGUAGCCAUUAUGAAGGAUACUGGUGUGGAUUAUAAAACAUUUGAUAUUCUAUCAGAUGAAGAAGUUAGGCAGGGCCUGAAAAAAUAUUCAAACUGGCCAACGUACCCUCAGUUAUAUGUGAAAGGAGAAUUGGUUGGAGGCCUUGAUAUAAUAAAAGAGCUUCAAGAAUCAGGAGAACUGGAAACUAUACUGAAAGAAGGACAGUGAUCUUUAGUGAUAUUUAUUUCAACAUUUUAUAUAAUCAGUCGUACGUAAUUGUUUACCUGUGUUGCUAGGUGUAGACAAAGCCUGUUGCUAUGAAAGAUUGCAGUUGAAUAAUCAUGUGCAUGCAGCACACCAUUCAACCGCGUCUAGUGAAUGCCAUUGAUCUGCUGAUGACAGUACAGUAUAUACAUGUACCUAUUUUGGUAAAAGUGGGUAUUGGCCUAAUUUUUACAUUUUAGAUUAAACAUUAAAUUAUGUUUUCAAGACUGGUAGAAAUCGUUGAAAAGACAAAUAAGUUUCUCACUUGACUGCUGUUCACAUUAUACAAUCCACUGAUCUAACAGCAUUCAUCUGUUACAGUACCAAUAUUUCAGUAUUAACGGCUGUUGUCUUUACCUAAAUCAUCAAGGCUACCAACUUCAAAAGUAAAUAGCUUUGCAGAUUAAGCUGUGGUUUUGAAUAAUUACAGAGAAAUAUUUGAACUUUAUCAUGGAAUAUUCCAAAUAUUUCAGGGUUUGAAUAAAAAAGAAUAUUUGUUGCAGAUUCAUCAAAUGACUCAUUUUGUCAAAAAUUUGCACUCUUUUUCUGCAAUUUCUCGCUGAAUAAUAUCUUGUUACGCUAUGAUUUUGUCUGUAGAGUCCUUUUCAAACAGGGAACCAAUCUUGUAUUAUUGUACCCCCCGACAACAUAGUUGUAAGGGGGUGUAUACUGGUUUCAGGUUGUCUGUCUGUCUGUAGACACAAUCUUGUGCGCUCCAUCUCUCCUCAUUCCCUUUUGUGCACAGUUUACUGUAACUUCACACAAGUGAUCAGUAACAACAGUAGUUGUGCAUGGGGCACGUUAGGUUCUUUCAGAAAAAAAAAAUUGCAGAGUUACGGGACUUUGUUUUUUGUUACUAUACUAUAUACAUAGACACAAUCUUGUGCGCUCCAUCUCUCCUCAUCCCCUUGACACAAUUUACUGUAACUUCACACAAAUGAUCAGUAACAACAGUAGUUGUGCAUGGGGCAUGUUAGGUUCUUUCAGAAAAAAAAUUUGCAGAGUUACGGGACUUUGUUUUUUGUUACUAUAUUAUAUACAUAGACACAAUCUUGUGCGCACCAUCUCUUCUUAUCCCCUUGACAUAAUUUAAUGAAACUUCACACAAGUGAUCAGUAACAACAGUAGUUGUGCAUGGGGCAUGUUAGGUUCUUUCAACAACAAAAAUUGCAGAGUUAUGGGACUUUGUUUCUUGUUAACAUACUAUCUGCAUACAGUCUGCAUAUGCAAUCUUGUGCGCGCCUAAUCUUCCGAACCCUUGCACAUAAUUUAAUGAAACUUCACACAAGUGAUCAGUACCAACCCUAGUUGUGCAUGGUGCAUGUUACGUUCUUUUAGAUAAAUAUUCUGCAUAGUUAUGGCACUUUUUUUGUUACUAUACUGUAUACAUACAGUCUAUAUACAUACAGUUCUCAUAAUUAUGCAAUCUUGUGUGUGUCAAAUUGCAAUGUACUGUGUCAGUGCAUGAGGGGGGUACAUUCAUCACCUUUAGUGAUAGCUCUAGUUCUUCCUGCUAAGAUAUUGCGGGAAAAUUUAAAAAUCAGGCCAAUACUCACUUUUACCAAAAUAGGUACAUGUAUAUACAGUACUGUCAUCGGCAGAUCAAUGGCAUUCACUAGACUUAGUUGAACGGUGUGUGAAGGGAAAGUGCCAUCCACCAGAUCACCAGUAUUGUGAUUGUCUUAAUCAUUUUCAUCAUAAUUUUCAUAGUCAUCAUUGUCAUGGCCAUCAUCAUAAUUUUCAUCAUUAUCAUCAUCAUUACUGUUUGUUGUACCCACUGACAACAAAGUUGUAAGGGGGGGUAUACUGGUUUCAGGUUGUCUGUCCGUCCCUAGACACAAUCUUGUGCGCACCAUCUCUCCUCAUCCCCUUGACACAAUUUAAUGAAACUUCACACAAGUGAUCAGUAACAACAGUAGUUGUGCAUGGGGCAUGUUAGGUUCUUUCAGAAAAAAAAAUUCCAGGGUUAUGGGACUUAAAUGUUUUUUGUUACUAUACUAUAUACAUAGACACAAUCUUGUGCGCACCAUCUCUCCUCAUCCCCUUGACACAAUUUAAUGAAACUUCACACAAGUGAUCAGUUACAACAGUAGUUGUGCAUGGGGCAUGUUAGGUUCUUUCAGAAAAAAAAUUUGCAGAGUUACGGGACUUUGUUUUUUGUUACUAUACUAUUUUUGUAUAUACAUAGACACAAUCUUGUGCACACCAUCUCUCCUGAUCCCCUUGACACAAUUUAAUGAAACUUCACACAAGUGAUCAGUAACAACAGUAGUUGUGCAUGGGGCAUGUUAGGUUCUUUCAACAACAAAAAUUGCAGAGUUAUGGGACUUUGUUUCUUGUUAACAUACUAUGUACAUACAGUCUGCAUAUGCAAUCUUGUGCGCGCCUAAUCUUCCGAACCCUUGCACACAAUUUAAGGAAAAAUCACACAAGUGAUCAGUACCAACCCUAGUUGUGCAUGGUGCAUGUUACAUUCUUUUAGAUAAAUAUUCUGCAUAGUUAUGGGACUUUGUUUUUUGUUACUAUACUGUAUACAUACAUACAGUCCGCAUAAUUAUGCAGUCUUGUGUGCGUCAGAUUGCAAUGUACUGUGUCAGUGCAUGAGGGGGGUACAUUCAUCACCUUUAGUGAUAGCUCUAGUUGCAUUUGGUGAGAAUUAUAAGUUAUCAGUCUGCCUAAAUUAUUUUUGUUUCAAAGUGGUUUUUCUGUAAACUGAAAAAAAAUGUUACUUCGAACACUAAAAAAUGAAAAUAUUAAGAAAGAAGAAAUAUAAACUUUAGCAGUGGUGUAGUUAACAGAUACCCAUUGUCCAGGUCACACUUAAGAGGUCAAAGAUCAACUAGCUCAGAUUUGUGUCUGCUCAAUAUCUUCUUAACCAUGGGAAGAAUUUACUUGAAACUAGCAUCAGUUGACAUGCAGAGUGCACAACCCAGGUCAUUAGGCUCAAGGUCAAGGUUACACUUGAAGGUCAAAGGUCAUGAUCACAUAUUUCUUUCCCUGCAACAAAGCAGCAUCUUAGGGUAAUAAUCACCUUUAGUGAUAGCUCUAGUUUCAUUCUGUUUGAGAUCAUGUUUGAAAACCUCGACUUUUAUCUAUUUAGUAAAUAUUAAGUCAAACUGUGUUCAGACAUUAUCAGAAAUGAUCAUGUUUUUGACUUGAUAUAAAUGAACAAAUAUAUCUUGUUUGUCAGUAUUGUUGUUGCUUUGAUUAUUUUUGUUGCCAUGAAAUCAAGUGUCACAAUUUAAAACUUCCUUAAUUUUGAUAAAUCUUGAGGUUUUUACAGUUUGCAUUGGUUAUUACUGUUGAAUGACUAGGUAAAUUUCAUAAUUGGUACUUCCUGUUUGCACAGCAAAAAAAUACUCCUGUAAAUUCUGUUUGGCCAUGUACACAACUUUGAUUAAUAUUGUUUUAAAUUAACAAAGCAAACCUUUUGACAAGUGAGUACACUUGUGAAAAACAAAAAGAUUUUAGAAUUGCUGCUCGUUUGUUUAUGUGUUGUAAAAUGUAAAUAUUGUUAUCAUUUUAUAGCACAAAUAACACCUGUUGUGUCAAAUUAUUCGGAGCAGUGUAAAUGAAAUUCAAUUCUUCAUGACAUGAGCUGCGCCAUGAGAAAACCAACAUAGUGCGUUUGUUUCAAACCGUAUUGCAAUUAGAGAAACUAGAAGCAAACAGCAUGGAUCCUGACCAGACUGGUAGCAAACGCACUAUGUUUCUCUAUAUAUCUCAUGGUGUGGCUCAUAUCUUUAAUGGUUAAACUAUUUCUUUACAAGUUAACAAUAAAAUUAUGCUUUGUCACUGUAAAAAUAUGAAAUAAUUGUCACCUAGCAACAAAGGAAUUUUGAAAAAAAUAAAAUUUGAUAUUUCUAAACAUUACUGCAUUACAAAAAAAUGCAUGCAGUUUUGGAUAAUAAAGUGUCUGAUUUCACACAAAGCAGUUUCAUAAACAUGAGAAUUAAUGUGAUAUUUGCAAUUGUUGUUACCAAAAAUAUAAUGCACUUUUUGUCAGAUUGAAUUGGAGAAAAUGUGACAUUCAUGGACCUAACAUGUGUUACAAAAAUACUUGUACUUGGAAUUUUUUUAUACUUCUGUCUGCUCAAAGGAACAAGUUGGAAAUUGUUGCCUCAGAUUUAGAUUUAUUCAUUAUACCUGAAAACAUGUCAAAGUGGUUGCAGUUUAUUAACCUUUGAACUAUGAUGAACCCAAUGAAAAUAAUUACGCAACUCUUUUUAACAAGACUUGCAUUACAUAUUUUACUGACUGUAAUGUUAUUUUCCCCACUCACCAUAUGGCUAUAUAUAUUCUUAUCCAUUGGACAUCGAAACCAGGGAAUGAAGGUAAACCUUGUAGUGAGAAUGUCGUAUGGAUGGUUAUAUGAUAUUCCUGUUGUGGUAUUAUUUUAUCAUUUUUAUGCCAGCUUUGUCUACUUGAAAAGAUUGUUAAUAAAACAAUACAAAGAAA